AUGGCCCUGUUUACCGUAUUCCCAGAUGCCCCCUCGCAGUUGUCAGGUCAAAAUCUCUAUUAUCCCAGCCUGAUGCUCAAAUUGAUGUCGGUCUUUGAUUGUCUACUCCCCAACUUCCUGUCUCUGAGUUAUCCUGAUGAUGGGCUUUACGUUGAGGAGCCGGCUGCUCAACGAAUCAGCCUCCAGCCACGUUUUCGAGUCGAAACCAUCAGUCAACAUGAUAAAGCAUUCGCUGAAUCGGUUUUGAAAAAGGAGGCAUCCGCUGUCCGGGGAUCUCAACAUCUUCUUCGCAGGGCCAAUGGCUCGGCCGAAGUUGCUCAAAUCUACAUUGACAGACUGUUCCUCGAUGCUGUACAGUCAAAUCUACAGCUACAGGUUCCAGAUGUUCUGCUUGGCACCGCUGCAAAGAACGCAAACAUCAACCUUGUCCGCCUACUUGCGCCUUUCACUGCCAUCGAGGCUGUCAGUGCCGUCCUCGAAUAUGCUGUGCUCAGCCAAAAUCUACAUCUUGUUACUGCUCUAUUGGAGUACGGCGCGGACCCAAACUGUAUAAGUCACAGUUCUAUACUCCGACUAGCUGAGACCAACUGCCAACUUCUUCACGUCAUCCUUCGCGCUCCGAAGCAGCUUCGAUACGAGACUUUCGGAGAUCUAUGUACGACUGUUGUUCAAAGAGGACUCUCAAACGCUCUCAAGAUCGUUCUUCGCAGCAUCACAGACUAUCCCACGUUCCGCGACUCGGAUCCUCCUCGAGACCGGGACAGCCUUCUGGAUGCAGCGAUCUCCUGCUCUGAUAAGAGCAUCUUUUUGAGCAUUGCCGCGUCCACCUCUGCAUGGCCUUUGAAGGAUGCUGGUCUGUUUUUGCAUGUGUUGGACUCUUCAGCGAUCGAUCCCCUGCAGGCUAAAGAUAUGGUAGAGGCCCUGCUCUGCCUGAGUGAUAUGUCGCCCGGCUCUCAAUCAAGUCCAGAGAUUGAAUCAUUUUACUGCCGCUGUGUACAAGAACGGCAUGAAGAUAUACUUCGGCUGCUGGUAGCCUACGGUGUCCCUGUCUCUGUGGAGCCUCUACUGCUCGCAUGUCAGAACCAUGACGAAAAGAUGCUCGAUAUCCUCUUGGCUGGUCCUAUACAAGAGGAGGAGCGGGUGGCAGCCCGUACCUCGGAACUACAAGGCGCAUUACAAAGAGCGAUGGGUCGAAAGAUCCUCAAGCGUCUGCUUACUGGAGGUGCUAGAGGAGUCUGGAAAAAUGAGGAACUCAUCGCAGCGGUCUCACGCGGGGAAUUUCAGUGGAUUGAGACACUUAUCAACGCAAAUGCUUCAGUGGACUACCACAACGGCGCGGCCCUUCUCGAAGCCGUUUCACUGGGACACGUUCGAGCUGUACAAACGCUUCUAUCUCGUCCUGUCUCUCUCUCGAGCUUACAAGCUGCCUUUCCAAGCAUCGCCCAGCUUGAAGUCUUGCCGCGACGACUGCUGACGAAGCUUUUUAUCAAUCAGGGGCUUUCCGGCGGUUGUGUCGACUAUGCUCUCAAUAUAGAACUUUGCAAUUAUUCAUAUCAUAGAGAUCCUGAGUUAGUCGAUAUAUUGAUUGGAUCAGGAGCUUGCUGCAAUGCUGUUUCCCUAACAGUCGCCUUCGAACACAAAGACGCGGCAAUCUUCGACAAAAUAGCCCUCUCCAAAACCAAACUCCACGAGUCUGUUACGGAAUGGUUCAAAAGUUGGCACCGCAUGCUACUCUUUCAUGUCCAGCAAGGAGAUGAAUACUCGAAGGCGGCCGGCUCAUGCCUCAAGAUGCUCUUCAGGAAACUGCAGACCGUUGAAUCACUUUGUGAUGCUCAUGAAGGUGACCGGCAACUCGAAUGCUUCCAUCAAUUCCUGGAACACGAUGCUGCGGAUCUCGAUCUACUCUCAGCAUGGCUAAAUUGGACACAACAUAUGAACAGGACCACACUGACUGAGAUUGUGUUGACGGCAGCUUGCUUCUGCGAUACCGAUAGACUGCACCUGAUCAUAAGAUCCAAACCACUGAUCAAUGAGGCGCCCUUAAAUUCCACCUCCUAUGUCCCGAACCUCAACCUGGAUCCUCAAGCAAAACCGGCGAAUUUGUUCCUGUCUGUCCAAAUACCUCCACUUCGUCAGGACGUUCUUGAGUUCUCAGACACAAGAAGUGCGGAAAACCUCAAGAUCCUCUUUCGCCAGUAUUUCCACGGUGGUUGUGAGAGUCACCUUGUAACGAGACUCCUCCAGAGGCACCUGGAACACUGUACACAAGCAAUCACCGAAGGUGAUGUCUGGCCGCUUCUUACCCUAGAAUUUCUUCUAUCUCAACCUAUCGAAACCACCCUGCCAGAAUUCAGCUCCUGUUUGUACAUGGCCAUUGUGUCUCAACAAUGGCUCGUUCUUGGGCUGCUUCUUGAUCGGCAACUACCGCUGGAGAUGGUUGCCCGCUUCUUUCUGGUCGACACAUCCCUGCUCGCACCUCGCGCGAUCCAAGUCCUUCUUGAUUCCAAAGCAAUGACAUACAUGGACGAUGACUUUUACUCUGGGCCGGUGCAGCAAACUUUCAAUCAUGCGUGCUUUGCGCAAGACCGAGAAAUGGCCAUCCUCGUGUGCUCCAAAUCUCGCUGCAAACUGCGCCUCAGGGAUGUACUGCUGCCUGUACAGCAAGCAAUUGAUAAGUCGGACCUCAGCUAUGUUUCUACUUUGAUCGGAGCAACAUCCUUCUCCAAAGAUGAUCUUGAAGUACUCUGGAAGCGUGUCACUCAUUAUGAUCAAAAAGAUGACUUUCUCGCCUUCGUGGACGUAUUGCUCAAAGCCGGUGCUGACGGUGUUUCAAUUGGUGACACCCUCAUAGAAGCCGUGGAAAGGAAUAAUGAGCCUCUCGUCGUGCUCAUCCUGACGCAAUGGCAGGCAAAUCGGUCGCUACAGUAUCGCGAAGAGUUUGACUACAACGAACGCCGGACAGCUGCCUCGGCGCCAGACCUUGGUCCUGACAUCCAAUACUUCUCAGCACUCGCCCACGCUCUUACGAUCGCGGUUUGUCUAGACCGAGCAAUCCUUUGUCGGCACCUUUGCAGAGCUGGCGCUCCAUUGGUAUACCAGGGACAAUCACUGGUUCAGGUUGCAGUGGCCAAGGGAAGCUACACCGCUCUUGUCGAGAUGAUCAUAUCCUCGGAGACACGUCCUGACUUCCAUGGAGUUGUCAAUUUUGCACUGGUUCAAGUCGUGGUGCAUAACCGUGGAACCUGGGUGCAAAGUUUGGUACAACUUGGUGGAUCAAUCGAAGCAUACGACUGCGAGUGCCUGAGAUUUGCGGCGCGAUCUGAUCAUCCUGGUAUGUUGGCUGUACUUCUGCGGUACGUUACGACACUGCCUGCCUUUCACGCAGUCUGCCAGAUACUUCAAGGUCGUCUUGCUGCGUACCAAGGCGACCUGGACACCAUUUGCGCCAUGUUCAAACAACUCCACGAAGCAGGAUUCCAAGAGAAGGAGCCGUACGAUGAGGCUCUUUUCUCAUUGUUGGCAAUUCAAUCAGCCAAUCUAGAUCAUGUCAAAGUCUUGCUCGAUUGCGGAGCGUCUAUUGAGUAUAGAGACGGUGGAGGCAUGAUACGACUUUGGAGAGAAGGCAAUGUGCAGCUCUUCCCGGACCUCGUAGGCCACUGCCGUCGGCAAUCUGCCAGAACAAAGCUGUUCACAGAGGCAUGGGGCGAAUAUCUACAACAAGAACAGAAUCGUCCUGAGGAAGCUGCUAAUAUGCUGCUCGUCCUCGGAGCUCUUCUUGAAACAGAAAUACCCCGGGGCGCACGCGAUAUGGCGCUGGAUGCCAUCGCUCGGGUCUGCCAUGACAAAGUCAACUCUAGUGAGAUCAUUCAACUAUUACUGGAGAAAGGGGCUCGCUUUAUUGAUGGAGCCGGGUUGUCACUCUAUCAGGUCUGCCGCAUCGAUCACCCACAGGUGACCUCCCUGGUUCACCACAGUCGUCCACACAUCCGAACUCGUUUACUGGCCCUUCACCACCUCUUCCGAAAUCAAGGACUGGGCUCUUCUAUUGUCACAAGAGGGACUGGCCAAGGGCCAAAUCUAUCAGACCAGGCUUGUCUCUAUAAUAUCAACUUCCCCGCGUCAACCGCGCAAUCCUUCGACCUAGAAGCCUCCGAUGUUGUCAACUUGAUGGGUUCCAUAUUGAAUCCCAAGGUCAGGACCACGGGGACUAGCUUGAUGUUCACUUUUUUCUUCAUGCUGGGGGGUCUUCACGUGUUCUCGACACAAAGUUGUUCAGGUCCCAAUCGUGAUGAUGUGGAGCAGUUGUUUGCUGCUGCCAUAGCGAAUUCAGAGGUCAAAGAAAUGGAUGAUCGGAUCGAAUUCCUACUCAGGGCGAUGCAAAUUGACGCUCCUGCUCUAGUAGACGCGACUGCAGGUGCCUCCAACCUCGCUUUAGAACAGAGCUCACUAGACAGGCUACUCUUAUUGUCGCUACAGAACAAGAAAUUCAGCCUUGCCAGUACGCUCUUGGAUGCUGGUGCCGACCCGAAUACAAGAGAUGAAGAGGGACGAUCUGCACUAUUCCUAGCCACACGCGAGAAAUCUCUCGAUACAAUGAGGGAUUUGAUCGGGAAUGGCGCUGAGGAGGACGAUGGAAGUCUACACGUCUCGACUUGCUGGCAGCACCAUGAAGCAAUGCAGCUGCUUCUCGAGGCAGGUCACGAACCAGGCUACUGCUCUGAUCACUACUUUGGAGCUACGCCGCUCGAAGCUUUCUUGCGAUUCAGUCACUCCGGAGCAGCACAUGAACAUUUCGAAACGACGCUCGCGGUGCUGCUGUGCGAAGCCGAGGUGCCGACCAGCUUCUGGGCAACGGAGCCUAAUCUCAUGUCUCUAGCUCUAAUGGGACCUUGGCCAUAUAAAAUGUUCAGCGCACUGCUGUGCUAUCUGCCUCCGGGACUGGUUGAGCUGCCCCUCAUACGUCAAGACCGCUUCAUGUUUUCUCUUCUCAGCUUUGUCGAAAGAGGAGAGGAUAUCGAGUUAUCUGAUCUCGAGCGGGUGGAAUUGUCCAUAGUUUUGGAAACAUCAGGAUUCGAGCGGACUUUUUAUGCCGUUGAGGGAGAUCAACCCGAAGACGCCUUUAACGUACCAGAACACCUCGAGAUUCCCGAAGUGAGGGCACGCCGUCGUGCUUGGAGAGAAAAGGAUUGUGCUGUUUGUGGCGACAAAGCUCCUGACGCAAAUGAGAUUCACGCAGCCUUGUCUCCACCAUGCGAAGAGAAACAUGGAUGGGAGAACGACAUCAUCUGUACCGACUGCUUGCGAGGACAUCUAGAAUCGCAAAUGUUUCCACAGGGAGGCGACAAGUUUCCCUCUGCGAAGGUAAAGUGCUGGGCUACCAACUGCUCAAAAAGCCUCGACCACUCGGUUAUCCAAUCCCUUGCCCAGUCUGAACGGUUCACCAUCUACGAUGCAGCUCUGGCUCAAAUGCUGCUGAACGACGGGGAAAAUAUGGCCAAAUGUGCGAAACCGAAGUGUAUCGGAGCAACAUGGCUCGGGGACGAAGACAAGAACACAACCAUCUUCGCCUGCGAUGUCUGCGGUGAAUUUACUUGUAUACAGUGCAAUCAGCUGUACGACAUGCAUCGAGACGAGCCCUGCCCUCAGGGUGAAGAGGCUCGAGGCAUCGAGAGACGCAGGGACGAGGAGGCGGCCACAGCAGCCCUGCUGGCCCAGGGAAAGAAAUGCCCCAAGUGCAGACUGCCGUUUGAAAGGAUUGAAGGGUGUGACCACAUUGUUUGUGGCAGAGAUGCGCACUCGAGCGCGAGAGGCCUUGGCUGUGCGUUUGAAUUCUGCUAUGUCUGCGGCGCAGACUAUAACGCCAUUCGCACUCAAGGGAACACGGCGCAUGCUAGGAGUUGUACCCACUAUGCAUGA